AUAGUAGUAUAUGCCGCAGGACUCGGGGGGAACCAGAUUUUGAUCAGUGAUAACAUUUCGCCUUUACCACUUCAUUUGUAAUUCACGUUUAAACUGUCACUUUAAACAAUAUCUUAACAGUUAACAGUUCGGAGGGAUGUACUAAGUGCUGUAAUCGUUCUUUACGUAGUCUUGGAUUUUUAUUGGAGCUCUGACUAGGUCGUGGGGUUAUCUGAAAGGUUAAACUGUCGUCUGCAGGGUCGGAAUCAUUUCGCUGAGUUGGACAAAAUUUAAAUUGAGAAAAAAAUCUUACAAUAAAUUAUAGCCAAGAAAGAAUUAAGAACAUGGAAAGCUUGGUUUUUGUCGUCUGCCUAGUGUUGGUCUCGCGCGUCUCAGAAGUUUUGUCAAGCGCAGGGAAUGUAUGGACAUACAGGGGAUCAUUAGGUCCAGAUCAUUGGCAUUUAGAUUUUCCACAUUGUGGUGGAGUGAAGCAAUCUCCCAUCAGCCUCAUCACUAAUGACGUCAUUAUCGACACGGAAAGGCUUACACCAAUCGUAUUCAGUGGUUUCGAUGUGGUAUCAAGCAAAAACUACACAGUUGAAAAUAACGGUCAUACAGUUCAAGUUGAUCUGAACGCUAAAACAUCUGAAAUUAGAGGUGGCGGUUUACCAGGAACGUUUGUGGCGGAACAAUUUCAUUUUCACUGGGGUGCUACAGAUGAAAGAGGGUCGGAACAUGAUGUGAAUGGAAAACAUUUUCCUAUGGAGAUGCAUCUGGUACAUUAUAACAAGAGAUAUGAGAAUAUAUCUGUAGCUAUGGACAAAGAGGAUGGUUUGGCAGUGCUUGGUUUUUUCUUCGAGAUUGGACGGUUUAAUCCACAUUUUGAGGAGAUUAUAAAUCAUUUCAACCAGAUCAAGUACAAAAACAACGAGGUUGAAAUCAGCUCUAUUCCCCUCGUGCAAUUGAUGCCAGCAAAACUAUCAAAGUUCUACAGGUACGAAGGAAGUUUAACCACGCCCCCUUGUUAUGAGAGUGUAGUGUGGACAUUGUUUAAUGAAACAAUCGAAAUUGCUGAAGAACAGCUCAUGGACUUCCGGACAACUAUAUUCGAAAAUGAUGAAGACGACAGUUUUUCAUCACGUGACAUCUCCGACGAUUUCAGACCCGUUCAGUGUAUGUUCCGGCGCCGUGUUUACGCCAGCCAUUCUUCAUUGAAAUACAGCAAUCACAAUGAAGCAAUUGUUAGGGAUAAUGGCAACACCGGAAGUUUAUCACGACCCCUAUCGUUCACAGCAAUCUCCAUCUUAGCCUUGUUUAUAUCUUUAUUUCUUGUUUGUUGAUGAUAAUUACUUACGUUUCUUCUCCUUAGUGUCUUUAAUACAGGAAAUAUAUACAAUUCGGCCUUUAUAGCUUUGUUAAACCGUAUACUCGACAGAACACCCUUUUCUUAUGUUAUUGACUUAUUAAACUUUUUAUUUAAUCGUGUACUUGACAAAAUAUUCUUUGCUUACGUUAUUGAAUUAUUAAGUUUUUAUAUUCAACCAUGUACCUGCCGGAUCAUUCAUUUUUUACCUCAUUGAUUAAUGUACUUGACAAAAUAUUCUUUUAAUAUGUUAUUGACUUAUUAACUUACUGAAUAUUUUUUUUUUGUAUACUGUAUAUAUAUUUGAGAGGACUUGCGUGUCAGAACUUACAGUGUGUUUAUGUUUUGUUACAACAAAUUAUAGUAAUAAUUAAAUUUUUUGACUCUUUGUGUGGAGGCAUUUUCC